AUGGCCGACGACAGAGGGAGAGACGCGCCCGAGCGCGCAGAGAGCAGAGGCAACGGCAACGGUCAUGAUCCUGCCGACGGUCGCGGGAGCACACCACAGACGCCGAGGCUGUACAGGCUGAGCUCGAACCAGAGCUCUGUCAGCAUUUUCGAGGACGUGGAGAUGGCACACGACGAGCUUUACUCCGGCCCAAUGGCCGAAUCCCUCCCAACCAGCGUGAACGCAUUCGCGCACCGCCGGCGGAGCCGAGCCGACUCCACGACCAGCUUCGCAUUCUAUCCAGACUCCCCAGAGGACGAGACCCGUGAAGAUAUACUAGACGACAUCCGGGUCGAGGACUUGGACGAUGUCCCCUUCGCAGUGGACAUAGGAGACGAGGAUGAAGAAGAAGACGGGGAAGUGGAUGGGGAAGAUGGAGUACUCCUGCCCAACGGCGGCGAGUUUGAGAGCGAUGGCACCCGAGAGGACGAAGAAUCCUCGAUGCUCCGCCGCUCUUCUACGCACUCUCGUCACUCGGUCCACUCCCGACUCCUGCGGCGCGACAGCAACAUGACCGAGACGAGCGCAUACGGCGGCGGGAGGUUCUCCCAAAAAGUGUAUAUGACGAACGAGGACCUGGUCGUCGUGCUCGCUGGAUUCCGAACCAGCGUCGUGGGCCUGGCCGCGUACAUCUUCAUUUGCGUUGCGUCACUCGGGCUCGGCUGGCUGCUGUUCCGGUGGAUGCCGCGGUGGCAUGUCUGGUUGACUGGAAAGCAGGCUCCGCUGCGGGAAGCCUCGUGGCUGGUCGUCGAGAACCAGUGGAACGAGAUGGCGAUCCUGAACGUUGACGUAAAGCCAUACGGCAGGGUCCUAUCAACAGUCUUUGGGGCGCCGGCCAAGAAGAGCUCUACGACCUAUAUCUUCGAAUUUGAUGACGACCCGAUCUUGCAGGAGCUGAGAGUGGUAAAUUACCGUUACGUGCGCUUUUACUACCAUCCACUGUGGGACAAGUUCAAGCUUGUCAGCGGGUGGAAGGAUCCACUGUGGACGGAUGUGAGGUCCGUGAGAGAUGGGAUUGACAGCGACGAGAAGAAUCACCGUGAGUUAGUGUUUGGGUCGAACCUGAUCGACAUCGAGCAAAAGUCGGUGUUUCGGCUCUUGGUCGAUGAGGUUUUCCAUCCUUUCUACGUCUUCCAGAUCGCGAGUCUGGUGCUAUGGUCGAUGGAUCAAUAUUAUUAUUACGCGGUGGCUAUUUUCGCCAUGUCGGUGGUGAGCAUCGCCACUACUCUAUUCGAGACUAUCUCAACGAUGAAGCGACUACGCGAGAUCUCGCGGUUUGAGUGCGAAGUCCGAGUCCUGAGAGAUGGAUUCUGGCAGCAUAUAUCUUCGGGAGAGCUUGUGCCCGGCGAUAUAUAUGAGAUUACGGACCCAAGCCUGUCUCAGUUUCCGAGUGACAGUCUCCUGCUUAGUGGAGACUGCAUUGUCAACGAAAGCAUGCUGACUGGAGAGUCGGUGCCCGUGUCAAAAGUCCCAGCCACGGACAACACCCUGUGGGAGAUGGGGCUCAGCGCUUCCACGGUCACGCCCGACGUUGCAAAGCACUUUCUCUUCUGCGGCACCAAGAUCAUCCGCGCUCGGCGCCCUCAAGACGACCGGAAUCAAGAGGCAGUCGGAUUGGCCAUGGUUGUCAGAACUGGCUUUGAUACCACAAAGGGAGCCCUUGUGCGGUCCAUGCUGUUCCCAAAGCCAUCUGGGUUCAAGUUUUAUCGCGACUCAUUCCGAUAUAUCUCCGUCAUGGCUUGCGUAGCUCUUGUGGGCUUCGUUGCUACUUUCAUCAACUUCAUCCGCCUAGGAAUAGCUUGGCAUCUCAUCAUUGUCCGGGCACUGGACCUGAUUACGAUCGUUGUGCCCCCUGCUUUACCGGCUACACUGACUAUCGGCAUCAAUUUUGCGAUCAAUCGGCUCAAGGGCAAACAAAUCUUCUGUAUCAGCCCCCAGAGGGUCAACGUGGGCGGAAAGAUAGACCUUAUGUGCUUUGACAAGACCGGUACGCUCACCGAGGACGGCCUGGAUAUUCUCGGUGUACGGAUCGUCAACCAAUCAGCACAUAGAUUUGGGGACCUUCUUACAGACCCGGUUGCGAUAGCCAAGGAGCACAGCGCAUCAGCCAACGACAGCCAGUCCUACGUCGCUAGCAAAGCUGCUCUGUUCACUAUGGCAACCUGUCACUCCCUAAGGUCCAUCGACGACGAGCUUGUGGGAGACCCGCUAGACGUCAAGAUGUUUGAAUUUACGAACUGGUCAUAUGAAGAAGGGCAGCAAGGCAGCGGAGGUGACGAUGAGGAAGAGAACCGCGGGCUCUCGCCCUCAAUCGCUCGGCCCCCGCCAGAGAUAAGCCUUGAUCUCCACAGUAACAACAGUGCUGGCCAGUCGGUGCCGUUUGAGCUGGGAGUGCUCAAGCUGUUCGAGUUCGUAUCGCAACUUCGCAGGAUGAGUGUCAUCGUCCGCACAUUCGGCCAGGCCAGUGGCGACAUCUAUGUCAAGGGCGCACCCGAGUGCAUGAGGGAAAUCUGCCGACCCGAGAGCUUCCCUACGGACUACGAGGAGCAACUCGCAUACUAUACUCACAAGGGCUACAGAGUUAUCGCUUGUGCAACGAAGCACUUAAAGAAACUGAGCUGGGUCAAGGCCCAAAAGAUGACGCGCGCGGAUGUGGAGUCUGACCUAGACUUUGUCGGGUUCAUCAUCUUCGAGAACAAGCUGAAGCCCACCACCGCAUCCGUUCUAGACGAGCUUCUGCAGUCCAACAUUGGCUGUGUCAUGUGCACGGGAGACAACAUCUUGACCGCGAUCAGCGUCGCAAGAGAAUGCAACAUGAUCAACAGGACGGCACACUGUUUCGUGCCCCGAUUCGUGGAGGGACAUUCGAGAGAUCCCGAGGCGAAGCUGCAGUGGGAAAGCAUCGAUAACAACCUCCUCACCUUGGACGAGAAGACACUGGUGCCGCUCCCUCCUCCAGCCGAAGUGGAUGCGUCACUCCCUUACGACAUCUCAGACCUCCGAAACUACUCUAUCGCCGUCAGCGGCGACGUCUUCCGCUGGGUUGUCGAUUUUGCGCCCACAGAGGUGCUGCAUAGGAUGCUUGUCACGGGGAAAAUCUACGCACGCAUGUCUCCAGACGAGAAGCACGAGCUUGUUGAAAAGCUCCAGAGCAUCGAUUACUGCGCCGGGUUCUGCGGUGACGGGGCUAACGACUGCGGUGCCCUGAAGGCCGCAGACGUUGGAAUCUCGCUUUCUGAGGCAGAGGCCUCAGUGGCGGCACCGUUCACGAGCAGGGUCUUCGACAUUGGCUGUGUGCCCGAUGUCAUCCGCGAGGGCAGAGCCGCGCUUGUCACAAGCUUCAGCUGCUUCAAGUACAUGAGCCUGUACUCGGCGAUCCAGUUCACUUCGGUGUCGUUCCUGUACGCAUCCGCGGGGAACCUGGGCGACUUCCAGUUCUUGUUCAUCGACCUGGCACUUAUCCUACCCAUCGCGGUGUUCAUGUCGUGGGCUGGUCCAUCUCCGGAGCUGUGCAGGAAGAGGCCGACGGCGGACUUGGUGUCACGCAAAGUUUUGACGCCGCUGCUGGGGCAAAUCUGCGUGUGCAUCCUCAUCCAGGCCGUGACGUUUGUAACGGUCAGGAGGCAGCCGUGGUUCAUCCCGCCGAAGGUGGACACGGAGAAGUCCAACAUCAAGAAUUCCGAGAACACGUCGCUCUUCCUGGUCAGCUGCUUCGAGUAUAUCCUCGCCGGGAUAGUGCUGAAUGCUGGCGCCCCGUUCAGGGUUGGCGUCCGGCAGAACUGGCCAUUUGUCGCGACCAUCGGCAUCGCGCUGCUGGCUACGGUGUACAUGGUGAUGGGCCCGGCGCACUGGGUGAAGAAGGCAAUGCAGCUCACCAAGAUGAGCUGGGACUUCAAGCUGUUCCUGAUCACGUUGGGACUGGUGUACCUGGGCUUGGCGUGGACAACCGAAUACUACGUGUUCCAGAGGCUCGCCGCGGUGGUUGGGAAGGUAAAAUCGGCGGUGACGGGCAGCAAGAAGAAGAGAAAGCAGUACAAGGUCAUCCGAGAAGAGAUGAUGGAGUUGAUGUGA